AUGGUACCGACAGUGAAGGACAUGUUCUCUUCCAUUUUGCGACCUAGGUCUGCUGCAGUUCGUCGCGCCGAUUCGCAUCUCUUCGACCCCAAUCCCCCAUCCCCAUCCCCUGGCCCAGCGAGCCGCCAGUACCUCGAAGAACGACAUGCCACCGCCGACUUCAGCGAAGGCGAAGAUGACGACGAUGAAGACAAUGGAGACGACUUCGAUCUCAAUCACGAUCCCAACCACCCUUCUAUACGAUUCGUCGACCAAGGCGACUUUAGGCGAAAUUCCAAUCCUGCGAUACCCCUAUUUUCGGCUAGUCACCUAGAUGCCCUACCAGUCUACCAUGUUGUCCAUGCGAUUCGAAUAAUUGUUCAGACAAGAACCGAAACAUCGCUAUCCUGGGAACAACUGCGCUCUCCGCAGGUCUCACAAUUUUUGGUCAAGCCAAUGCAACAGCAAAUUCGGACACAACAUUUUAGUCGGGCAACCCUCUAUGCGCUAAUGGCAAAUUGCCUCCAAUUUGGCAAGGAGGGUCAGCUAUAUCCUGGUAAUGCCGGCGUUAGCACCACAAGGGCCAAAGUCUGCGAACUUCUUGCUCUGAAACUGUUGAAAGAGUAUAGUACAAGAGAACUCAUUGAUGCGCUUUCUUACGAUUUCGAUCCCCUGCAAGGCUGCCCUCGCACGCCUCCGAUGCAGAAUGGAAGGGUCCCUGAGGGUAGAGGAAGAACGCAGUUUGCUAGAUCAUCGACCCUUGAAGUCGCUAUCCGCGCUUCUGCCAAGCAUUUUGUUUCACACCCACUCGUCGUUCAACAGCUCGAGGCUAUCUGGAACGGCGCUAUCACCUUCUACUCUUCGCACGAUAACCUCCACCGGACCCCUGCAUCAUCGAAUCAGAACAGGGGUGAUCCUGAUGCUCGAACUCCGUUACUAGGGCAUCAAUCCUUCAAAGAACAAACUGCUCAGCUCCCAAUGCAUGCAAUUCCUCUCCGACGAACCGUAGCCCUAUACGACCCGCGCAACGCUUCACCCCUAAAGUUAUCUCGCCUGCGCGUCCCUCGAUACCGCUACUUCUUGUCAACAUGUUCACUGUUUGUCAUGAUCUGUUUGUUUCUCUCGGUCCUGGUACACCGCUCGAGUGCAAUCACUUCUCUAGAGUUAGUAUUCUGGUUCUGGUCUGCCGGGUUCAUGCUAGACGAGGUUGUCGGGUUUAACGAACAGGGGUUCUCUCUCUAUAUCAUGAGCUACUGGAAUAUUGUAGACCUUGGGAUCCUAUUGUUCUUGAUCAUCUACUACGGAAUGCGCCUCUGCGGCGUGUUCCUGGUUGGCUCUAUACGAUGGAAUGAAAUGGCAUAUGAAGUGCUCGCAGUGAACGCCAUCCUUCUUUUUCCUCGCAUAUUCAGUGUUCUAGACCACUACCCUUAUUUCUCCCAGCUGUUGAUUGCUUUUCGAUUCAUGGCAGAAGAUCUACUGGCCCUAUUUGUCGUGAUCUUGAUUAGCUGCUCCGGGUUCUUCGUUUUCUUCACGCUUUCAAAAAAUGAUGACGAUGCCGUCGAUGUAGCUUACAAGAUCUUUCAGAUACUAAUGGGGUUUACGCCUGCUGCGUGGGAUGUAUGGCCCAAGUAUACCUUUGUUGAACGGCUACUUUUGGUCAUGUUUCUGGUCAUUGCUCACUUCCUUAUCGCGACGAUCUUGAUCACAGUUCUUACGAACUCCUUCACUGCCAUCGCGUCCAAUGCCAAAGAAGAGCACCAAUUCCUGUUCGCGAUUAAUACGAUCUCGAUGGUCAAGAACGAUGCAUUGUUUUCAUACAUUGCUCCUGCCAAUAUACUUGCCUGGGUCCUCAUUCCUUUACGCUAUGUCAUGCCAAUCCGGCAAUUCGUCCUACUCAACAGAAUGGUCAUCAAGUUGACACAUUGGCCGAUUCUGUUCCUUAUAUUCGUAUAUGAGAAGUAUUAUCUUGCAUCAUCGAUAUACGAACCUACAGACUUAGUCGAGGGCUCAGGGCGCAAAAGAGGCCGUGCUUUCUCUAUCGCGGACCCAACUAGCAGGGGUGGUUUCUUCAGCCCAAAUAUCAGGACUCGUGAGGAGUCAAUUGCGGGCUUCCAAAAGGAUCGGGCUUUAGAUGAAGUCUUCCGACGACAACCGGACGCCAACACAAUACGCACUCAGAGAAGACAGGAGAGAAGAAAGACUCAAACAGCAAUUCGCAACUGGAUGGACCAGAAUGACGAAAUUGGUGAGACUUUAUCACGCUGGCCCACUAUCGAAAGUCGUCAUAGUCACUCACUUCGACGUAUGAGCACGAGUCGAGAGCUACCACGGCGGAUUCGCAUCCUUUCUGAUGUGCGUUCUGCUGCGAGCGACCCCGCUGAGCUUAUGUCGAACAAAGACUUCCCUAUGUCAAGAGUUGGAAGACUUGAUGCUCAAGCGGAGCAAGAGCGUAAAGACACUGAUGCCGAUGGCGAUGAUGAACUCAUUACUAACGACGAAGACGAGGAUGAGGUGGCCGGCGAAAGCCGCCAAGAAAGCAUGUCACAUGCUGAUCAAGAGGAGGAUUACUUCACUACUCCCAUGGCCUCGCGUCGCGCAUCCAUAUUUCUUUCCUCUGCUGAACCCCCCCACACCAAAUCACCGGGCGUGAGCGGAACUAUUCGACGUCAAGGUCUGCACAACCGCACACUAUCUACCAAUACCAUACUAUAUAACCCUCAGGACGCAAGUCGUCAUGGGCCUAGUCCAUCAUCAAUAUCAGAGGAGCCAGCCGGACCACGGUCCCGUCCAAAAGCGAGUCGGCUGAAUACGGCAAAUGAGCAAUCUGCAACUCCAGGUACACGCUCACCUCGACGAGCAACACAGUAUGUGUCAGAAAAUACAGCACGACCCCGGCCCAUUCCCAAAUCCACGCUCAGCCGGGGUACAUUAUUCAACAUGGAUCCGAGACGGCACCAGCGGAAGCUAUCGCCCUCCAUCGUCUCGGAUAACACGGGACUCCUUGCAGACAGUAAGAACGAGCUCGGGGCAGUGCCCGCAUCAUUCGCGACACAGAUGGCGAUGGCCACCGGCCAGAUACGGGGCUUACAGAGGACCAGCUCCGUAGAAAGGGAACGUGAGAACGCGAAUCGUAUGAGCAAACUAGUGCUCGCACGUAUGAAGACGCUGGAAGAAAGCUUUGCCGAUGUAGCUCGAGAAGUGCAGCUCAUGCGCUCCGUCGUCCCAACGGCCCAGAACUCUGAGGAUGAGAACAGUGAGCAGGGCUUAGUUUCCGACUCGCGUGAGACAAACGUGAACCUAUCAUCGCACAGCAGGCACUCGAGAAAAUCUCGUGGGCACAGGGACUAUCGUCCCAAGAGCGCCAAAGAAGAAAGAGUGGGGAUGAGAGGCGACACCAUGCACCAGGAACGGAGAACGAAAGGCAAAGGCAAGGAGAUUAUGAGGCAGGACGAUACAGAGAGUGAAGAUCGACCAGCAAGGAGGAUCCCGAGACGGGGAAGCUCGUUAUGA